AGCGGGUGCAACUAGUAACACACCACUGAACUGAACUCCCAGCUGUAAUCUAUCUCCUUGCAGUAAGCAAGGGCAGCGAGAGUACGACGACGACGGCCCAGCAACUUCCUCGAACAGAGAAAAAAAAAAGAACAGCACCUAACCUAGGGAAGGCAAGUGGUUUUCAGAACCCUGUUGCGAUCUUAUCGCAUCGUAUUUGCUGUGCUGGGUUAAAUUCCACGACGAUCCGGCCUUGCUCAGGUGACUGUUGCGUACAUACGUAGGAUGUGUGUGUAUGCGACGACGGCGACGACUAUGUGAGGGUGGCAUCAAAAGCGGCGGCGCGUGCAGUUUAGGUAGACGCUGUUUCCCGUUGACACCGCGUGCCGCCACUGCGCGAGUCGGUCACGCGCCCCGCCCGUCGUCUGAUGCCUUGCACUGCACUGCACUGCGCGCUUGCAUGCUCAACCCAAGCUCCCCGGCGCGCGCGGCCUCGAUGGCGACUGGUCGGGGCGGGACCGCGGGAGCGGGCGCGGGCCUUUAUAAAAUGGCACGUCGUGCUCGCAGCCAGGCAGCCAGCCACGCAGCAGGAGCAGCAGCAGCAGAUCUGGCAGGAGCUAGUGAUCACUGACAGUGACAGAUUGACAUGGCGGAGAACAACGUCGUGGCCACGUACUACUACCCGACGGCAGCGCCGGCGGCCAUGGAGGUCUGCGGCGCGGAGCUCGGCCAGGGCAAGCCCGACAAGUGCUUCGACGACGAUGGCCGCCCCAAGCGCAAUGGGACGAUGUGGACGGCGAGCGCGCACAUCAUCACGGCGGUGAUCGGCUCCGGGGUGCUCUCGCUGGGGUGGGCCAUCGCGCAGCUCGGCUGGGUGGCCGGACCCGUCGUCAUGCUGCUCUUCUCGCUCGUCACCUACUACACCUCGUCGCUGCUCGCAGACUGCUACCGCUCCGGCGACCCCAGCACCGGCAAGCGGAACUACACCUACAUGGACGCCGUCAACGCGAACCUCAGUGGCAUCAAGGUCCAGAUCUGCGGGUUCCUGCAGUACGCCAACAUCGUGGGCGUGGCCAUCGGCUACACCAUCGCUGCCUCCAUUAGCAUGCUCGCGAUCAGGAGGGCCAACUGCUUCCACCAGAAGGGACACGGCAACCCCUGCAAGAUCUCCAGCACGCCCUACAUGAUCAUCUUCGGCGUGGCGGAGAUCUUCUUCUCGCAGAUCCCGGACUUCGACCAGAUCUCCUGGCUCUCCAUCCUCGCCGCCGUCAUGUCCUUCACCUACUCCUCCAUUGGGCUCGGCCUGGGCGUCGUCCAAGUCAUCGCGAACAGAGGCGUGCAGGGCAGCCUGACCGGCAUCACCAUCGGCGUGGUGACCCCGAUGGACAAGGUGUGGCGCAGCCUCCAGGCGUUCGGCGACGUCGCCUUCGCCUACUCCUACUCCCUCAUCCUGAUCGAGAUCCAGGACACCAUCCGGGCGCCGCCGCCGUCGGAGUCGACGGUGAUGAAGCGCGCCACGGUGGUGAGCGUGGCGGUCACCACGCUCUUCUACAUGCUGUGCGGCUGCAUGGGGUACGCGGCGUUCGGCGACGGCGCGCCCGGGAACCUCCUCACGGGCUUCGGCUUCUACGAGCCCUUCUGGCUCCUGGACGUGGCCAACGCCGCCAUCGUGGUCCACCUGGUCGGCGCCUACCAGGUCUACUGCCAGCCGCUGUUCGCCUUCGUGGAGAAGUGGGCCGCGCAGCGGUGGCCGGACUCGGCGUACAUCACCGGGGAGGUCGAGGUCCCGCUCCCGCUCCCGGCGAGCCGGCGGCGGUGCUGCAAGGUGAACCUGUUCCGGGCGACGUGGCGGACGGCGUUCGUCGUGGCCACGACGGUCGUGUCCAUGCUGCUGCCCUUCUUCAACGACGUGGUGGGCUUCCUGGGCGCGCUCGGCUUCUGGCCGCUCACCGUCUACUUCCCCGUCGAGAUGUACGUGGUGCAGAAGAAGGUGCCGCGGUGGAGCUCCCGGUGGGUGUGCCUGCAGAUGCUCAGCCUCGGCUGCCUCGUCAUCUCCAUCGCCGCCGCAGCCGGGUCCAUCGCCGGCAUCGCGUCCGACCUCAAAGUCUACCGCCCGUUCAAGUCCUACUGAUCAGAUUCACGGCCUACGGGAGACGCAGCAGCAUGUGGUAUAUAGGCAUAUACUAGCAACCAUGUUCGUGAGUUGCAACUCAUAAGUACUUAAAUCAGACUCUGCAUCAUUGCUAAACGCGAGUUUUUUUAACUUGUAUACGCAUGAUUCAUGAGUCCCAAUUACAUAUGAAAAGGAUGCAACACAAUAUAUAUUGAAAUAUAAAAGAUCUCGUACCGAUAGUCGCUAAA